AGAAACCAGAAAUAAAAACUCCCUUCCUCCUGCAGUCACUUGGGAGGUAUGCGUAAUUUCAAUUAAGAUGGAAUUAUAAAUUUGCAUAUUAUUUAUUAGAAAAAAGAAAAGGGAGAAACUCUCUGCUGUUGUGUAGUUGAAUAAUAAAAUAAAUCAACUACUACUAGUAGAAGAAGUUUUAUUUGUUGGUUUGUUUAUAAUUUAGUAAUGUAUAAAAUUAGAAGUAAACCCAUGAGGCCAUGCCAAAUAAAAUUACAGCAGCACAGCUAGCAUCAUCAGCAGCAGACCAGGGAGGGUACAGGUACGAGCACACAAGCAUUAUAGUUGCUUAUUGUUCUCUCUCGCCGCUAGAAACCCCACCCACGCUUUUGGUGUCUUAACAUUCCGUAUAUGUCUCUCUCCUUAUCGCUCCUUCACACCUCACCACCACCUCCUCCUCCUCCUCCUCAUAGCCUAACUGUAUUAUUGUUACCGUUAUUACCCAUCUUUCUUUCCUCCUCUAUUUGCCUAUGAAGUUCUCUUUCUUUAACCUCACUCACCACUCCCAUUACACUCCUCCUCCUCUUUUACCUGUAACAAUCAUUAAACCCACCCGCCGGAAAUCACCGCCACGGUGGGUCCGCAUGGACUCAUCAUCUCCGUCUCCUCCUAAGCAACAGAAAGACAAGAUCGUUGUGAUAAUGGGAGCAACCGGGUGCGGCAAAACAAGACUCUCCAUUGAUCUAGCUACAAGAUUUCAAUCUGAAAUCAUUAACACUGAUAAAAUGCAAGUCUACAAAGGUCUCGAUAUCACCACCAACAAAAUCACCCUCCAAGACCGUCUCGGCGUCCCUCACCAUUUACUCGGCGAGGUUGACCCCGAUAACUGCGAGUUCUCCCCUUCCGAUUUUCGCUUGCACGCUGGUUUGUCCAUCUCCGAUAUUGUUUCAAGACAAAAGUUGCCUCUUUUAGUGGGUGGGUCCAACUCUUAUAUUCAUGCUCUUCUUGUUGACCGCUUUAAUCCCGAGAUUAACGUUUUCCAACAAUCCAAAAACUCGGAAUCGGUUUCGACCCAGUUAAGGUACGACUGUUGUUUUAUUUGGGUUGAUGUCUCAUUACCGUUGUUAUGUGAUUACCUAUGUAAAAGAGUCGAUGAAAUGCUCGACUCGGGUAUGUUUGAGGAACUAUCGGAGUAUUACGCUUCGGUUAACCCGGAGAGUCAACCGGGCUUAAGAAAGGCUAUCGGAGUACCGGAGUUUGACCGAUAUUUUAAAAAGUAUCCGCCUGGUUAUCAAGGGGGGAAGUGGGAUUUCGUACAGAGGGGUGUAUAUGAAGAAGCAGUCAGGAUGAUAAAGGAGAACACGUGUCAGUUGGCUAAAAGGCAGAUGGGGAAGAUUUUGAGAUUAAAAAGUGCUGGAUGGGACCUACACAGAGUUGAUGCGUCGGAGGCCUUUAGACAAGUGAUAAGGGCAUCAACAGCAGCAGCAGCAACAACAACAAAUACAAAUGGUUGUUAUUAUAACAAUAAUAAUAUUAUUAUUAAUAAUAGUAAUAAUAAUAGUAAUAAUAAAGAUAUUAUUAUUAUUAACAAAAAGAAAAAAAGAAAGAAGAAAAAAAAAUGGAUGGAAAUUUGGGAGAGAGAUGUUUUGAAGCCAAGCAUGAAGAUUGUGAAUCACUUCUUGGAUGAGUAGGUUUUCCAUUCAUCCAGCUUUUUCCAGCUAUUAUUUCUUUUUCUUUUUCUUUUUUAAAUUCAGUGCUUCUUCUUCUUCUUCUUCUUCUUGUUCUUCUUCUCCUCUCUCUCAAUGUUUUUUUUUAAAGAAAAAAAAAAAGAGUAGAGAAAUUUUAGAUUAGAAGUUGGGUAGAAAAUGGUAACCAGUUUUGCAGCAUUAGGACUAGACCCUUUGGGCUGCCUGGGCAGUAGGCACUGGCUAAAGGGUUUCUUUUCUUUUUUCUUUUUAUUUUGGGUCCUUUUGACUUGUGAAUGGGACCAUUCGAGACAAAAACAAAACAUACACAUUGGAGGAGAAGGAUGAGGAAUGAAACAUUGUGAAUUAUUUGGUGAGAGUUGUUUUGUGUUAAUACUUAUAUACUUUUGAGUCACAA